AUGAAAUCUACAUCUACCAUUGGCGCGGCCGCGGUGCUGUUGGCUGCCCCUAGCGUGUAUGCCGGCCUUAUUAACUACCCUCCCAUUCCGGAGGAUCUAACGACCCCAUAUCAACAGCGAUUGGCAGUUUAUGGGCCUGGAGCCGUCUCCGUUGGAUGGAACACAUACGCCUACCAAGCCUCGGCUUGCGUUAAAUAUGGAACAUCCAGCUCCAAUCUUAACUCGCAAGCUUGCUCGACCAUCAACUCCACAACGUACGCAAGCUCUCGCACGUACUCGAAUGUGGUAAUCUUGUCGGACUUGACCCCGGCAACCACAUACUACUACAAGAUUGUCUCCACCAAUUCAACUGUCGACCACUUUCUGAGUCCCCGCCAGCCAGGAGACAAGACGCCAUUCAACCUAGACGUUGUAAUUGACUUGGGUGUCUAUGGCGCUGAUGGAUAUACCACCUCCAAAAGAGAUGAAAUCCCCACUAUUCAACCUGAGUUGAAUCACACCACUAUCGGCCGUCUUGCAGAUACUGUUGAUGACUACGAAAUCGUCUUGCACCCUGGUGACUUCGCUUAUGCCGACGACUGGUACGAGAAGCCCCACAAUCUACUCGAUGGCAAGGAUGCCUAUCAGGCCAUUCUCGAGCAGUUCUACGAUCAACUUGCACCUAUUGCCGGAAGGAAGCUCUACAUGGCCAGCCCUGGUAAUCACGAGGCUGACUGUACUGAGAUUCCGUACACGUCUGGAUUGUGUCCCGAGGGUCAGAAAAACUUUACCGACUUUUUGCACCGAUUUGGACAGACUAUGCCCACCGCAUUCAAGUCGAGCUCGACUAACACUACCGCACAAUCAUUGGCUUCCAAGGCUAAGAGCCUCUCCAACCCUCCAUUCUGGUACUCCUUCGAGUAUGGUAUGGCCCACAUCGUCAUGAUUGAUACCGAAACCGACUUCCCCAACGCACCAGACGGCCAAGGCGGUUCUGCAGGUCUCGAUGGUGGCCCCUUCGGCACCACCAGCCAACAACUCAACUUUUUAGCAGCUGAUCUUGCCAGCGUCGACCGCAGCGUCACACCCUGGGUCCUUGUCGCCGGCCAUCGUCCUUGGUACACCACCGGCGACAGUUCCUCAGCCUGCACAUCCUGCCAAGCCGCCUUCGAAGACCUGUUCUAUGAAUAUGGUGUUGAUGUUGGUAUCUUCGGACAUGUGCACAACUCCCAGCGUUUUCUGCCCGUGUACAAUGGUACCGCUGACCCUAAAGGUAUGAACGACCCCACUGCACCAAUGUACAUCAUUGCCGGUGGUACCGGUAACAUUGAAGGUCUGUCGGCCGUUGGAACUGUGCCGUCGUAUAAUGCGUUUGUGUAUGCGGAUGAUUACAGCUACAGCUCGUUGAAGUUCUUAAAUGAAACGAGUUUGCAGAUUGAUUUCAUUCAGUCUUCAACCGGGAAUGUUCUGGACUCGAGUGUCUUGUAUAAGAGCCAUUGA